GAAUCAAUUUGACUUUUGACAAAAGUCAAAACUCGAAUCUUGACAUUGACAUAGCUUUAAUUAGCUUUAUCUGAUAGAUCCCCACCCGUUUGCGGCCUUCGGAUUAAUGUUGUCCAGUAUCGCGUUGAGAGGAUAUUGGAGUGAUUGUCGAAUAAAUUCUGGCUGUCCUGAUGUUCUAGAAUCACCCCAACGCCAAACGUUGCUUUUCAAAGAUAAAUUUAUAUGGGAAAAAGCCAUCAAAAGGCUAAUCGUAAGGAUGUCUUCUCAUGAGUCAUAUCUAAACUUAAAGGAACAGAUGGUGAAGCACAAGCAUCCGGCUGCUGAUCGCAACAAAGAGCCAAUACUCGACGCACUCAAGCAAUACAUUGACACAUCAAAGGAAGGCUCGCUUCUUGAGGUUUCCUCCGGCUCUGGUCAGCAUGCGGUCCAUUUUGCGCCUCAUUUCCCUAAAAUUGUUUUCCAACCGACGGAGUUCGAAUCAUCAUCGUUGAACAGCAUCAAGGUUUACAGAAAGGACAGCUCGUUGAAAAAUAUCAAAGAGCCUCAUUUCCUUGAUGUGCGCACUCCAGUCGAUACUUGGAUUAAUGGCACUCUUAAACCGAAUUCGCUUGACUACAUCCUCAACAUCAACCUGAUUCACAUCUCAGAGUGGGCGUGCACUGAAGGCCUUUUCAAGGGAAGCAGCUACCUCUUGAAACCUGGUGGUUAUUUGUUUACAUAUGGCCCUUAUGCGGUAAAUGGGCAGAUUACACCCGAGAGCAAUGUAAACUUUGACAAGAUGCUGCGAGAAAGGGACCCCUCAUGGGGACUGAGAGACAUCGAAAAGGAGCUCAAGCCUUUGGCGAUCACAAACGGCCUUCACCUCAAAAACCAACAUGACUUGCCGGCAAACAACAAAUUCCUUGUCUGGGAAAAGAAGUAGUUUAAUUAGAUUAGGCUGUAUCUAUGUGUAUAUUAUUUAUAUAUAUAUCAUUUUAAUAAAAUUUAUGUUUUAUUGAAA